AUGACCUACACAGGAAGUAUUGCUGUUAGCUUCAACAACGUGAAAGUCAACUGUCCUAAACCCACGACAAUAUGAUUUUUAUUACGUUCAUUUAUUUUUAACAUUUUGAGGUUACAACCUUUUAUUUUUAUUGGUAAAAAUCUGCAAUUUGACGAUGUUUCAGACUGUAACCAAGACGCUUUUGGUGUCAUCAUCCUCAUUAGUUUAUCGAAGUAUUUGUCAGAGUUUACGACAUUAUUGUAAUCAGAGUUCAACAAAGCUGAGAGUAUCCGAAGCCCUCGCUGGAGCGGAGCUGGGAAAGAACGUCAGAGUUCAGGGAUGGGUUCGCUCAGUUAGGCCUCAGAAGAAGAAUAUAUUUCUCCAUGUCAAUGAUGGGAGCUCUUUGCAGUCACUUCAGGUUGUCGGUGGAGCAGAGCUGAGCGACCCGUUGCUGACAUUUGGUAGUGCCGUAGAAGUUACCGGUACUCUUAGGAAAAGUCCACAUCCCCAACAGCCAGUUGAACUGGGAGCAGACCAGAUCCAUGUAGUCGGAGAAUGUAAUUCUGUGGAUUUUCCUUUUAAAAUUAAGGAAAGACACAGCCUGGAGUACAUUCGCCAGCUUCCUCACCUCAGAUGUCGAACGAAUGUCUUCAGCUCCCUUCUGAGGGUUCGAAGUGAGGCCACAACAGCUGUUCAUUCAUAUUUUAAGAGCAAUGGCUUUUUACAGAUCCACACACCAACCAUUACCUCAAACGAUUGUGAAGGGGCUGGGGAGCUCUUUCAGGUGGAGCCUUCAGGCCCAGAUUUUGAGGAGGAAGUGAACUUUUUCUCUGUGCCUGCCUUCCUGACCGUAUCAGGGCAGCUUCAUUUGGAGGUGAUGUCAGGGUCUUUUUCUAGAGUCUACACAUUUGGGCCAACGUUUCGAGCUGAGAAUUCCCAAAGCCGACGCCACCUGGCUGAGUUUUUCAUGGUGGAGGCAGAGAUCUCCUUCACUCAGUCUUUAGAGGAUCUCACCAAGGUCAUGGAGGGCAUGUUCAGAUCCACCACUGAGCAUGUGCUGGCUCACUGUGCUGAUGAUGUGGGUUUGUUUCAUAAGCAUGUGACUCCUGGACACAGGGACAGGGUGGAUGCUAUGCUGAAACAGAGCUUCCCUGUGAUAACAUAUAGUGAGGCCAUAGACAUCCUAAACCGCAGCUCAGAGAAUUUCACCUUUCCUACAGAUUGGGGUUGUGACCUUAAGACUGAACACGAGAAGUAUUUGGUGAAACACUGUGGCGACGUUCCGGUCUUUAUUACCGAUUACCCCUAUGACCUGAAGCCGUUUUAUGCAAGAGACAACCAGGACCAACCCAAGCACACAGCAGCUGCAGUGGACCUUCUUGUGCCAGGAGUCGGAGAGCUCUGUGGGGGCUCGCUGAGGGAGGAGAGGCUCAGCCUGCUAAAGGCUCGGCUGGAGGAUGUUGGAUUGGAGGAAAUCUACAGCUGGUAUCUGGAUUUGAGACGAUUUGGUUCCGUUCCUCACGGCGGCUUCGGGUUGGGAUUUGAGCGAUACUUGCAGUGCAUUCUGGGUGUUAACAACAUAAAAGAUGUAAUUCCCUUUCCCAGAUUUUCCCAUUCUUGCCUUCUGUGAGACUCUUGGAGAAGUCCUGGAAGCUGUUUUUCUGUUUGACAAUAAAAUGAUGCAAAAUUAA